AUGGAAGCUAUGGACAUCCAAGCAGUCGAGUCUAAACUAAGCGAUGUUACUGUAACAGCUAUACCUAUGAAUGGAAAAAGCAGCCAUAAGGAUUUAAGUCACGGGGGUAGUAGCCACGCGACUAUAUCCACUGUUCCUGCGUCGUCACCAUCUUCAAAUGGUAAAGAUAAGGACAACGGUAUGUCAAAGUAUGCUCAAUUAUUGGCCGUGAUUGAAGAAAUGGGAAAAGAAGUGAGACCAAGCUACUCUGGUAGUCGUAGCUCGGCAGAACGGUUAAAAAGAGGUAUUGUACAUGCUAGAAUUCUGGUCAGAGAAUGCCUCAUUGAGACAGAGCGAUCAGCAAGACAGUAG